AUGCCUCAAUAUCGCAUUGAAAUUUCACCCAACAACCGGGCAGGUUGCAAAGACGCUGUCUGCAAAGAGGAAAAGGUAAAGAUUCUCAAGGGUGAGAUUCGCUUCGGCAGCUGGGUAGAAAUUAAUGAGCAUGGGAGCUGGGCUUGGAAACACUGGGGAUGCGUCUCUGGAGCGCAGCUUCUCCAUCUCCAAGAGGCAUGUGAUACUGGUGAUGGCAAGUAUGACUUUGAUGCCAUUGAUGGAUACGAUGAGUUGGGCGACCCAGAAGUCCAAGAAAAGGUCCGCCGAUGCGUGAAGCAAGGCUUUAUCGAUCCUGAAGACUUCAAAGGCGAUCCUGAGAAGAACAAGCUAGGCGAGAAGGGCAUUCACCUGACUGCCAAGCAGAAGGCAGCCAAAGAGAAGGCCGCCGCCGAGGCUGCCGAAGAUGAAGAGGCCUCCGGAGAUGCUAAACCAGCGAAAAAAACGGCCAAGCGCGGUCGAAAGAAGGACGCCGACGACGACGAAAACAAUGAGCCCAAGGCCAAAAAGCCCAAGUCAGCGAAGACCGCCAAAUCGGCAAAAGGUGAUAAAGCUACUCCCGCAAAGGCUUCUCGUGGCAGGAGAGCAGUUGUGAAGGAUGAGAGUGAUAACGACGAAGACGAGGAGGAGGAGGAGGAGGAGGAAGAGGAAGAAGAAGAGCCAGUAUCUACAAAGAAGUCCAAGUCUGCUUCCACCAAGACUGCACGAGGCAAGAAGGCUGCCGUCAAGGAUGAGAGUGAGGAGGAGGAGGAGGCACCUGUGUCGGCUAAGAAGUCCAAGGCAGCACCGAAGGCAACCAAAACCGCUGGCGCCAAGGCGACAGGAAAGUCGAGUCGUAAAUCAGGGGCGAAGGUGACGGCUGAUGAGUCGGCUGAUGAGAAGCCUGCGCCAAAGGCAAAGGGACGUCGAACCAGUCGCUCAAGCAAGGCUUAA